ACACGAGGCGUGCCAAGGAAAGAAGGCGGUGUGUGAGGCCGGCGGCGACAGGCCUAGCGACGCUCCUUUCUCGAGCUGGAUGACUCGCAGGCUCCCGGCGGCCUCUUCCACCGCGCCAGCACCAUGAAGACUACGAGCGAGCGCCUGCCUCCGUCCACGAGCCGGACACUGUUGGCCGCCGACCAGUACCAUCUUCGGCUUGUUCGCCGCGGUCGUCGCCUGGCCGCAUAUGUGCUUCGGCGGUGUCAUCUCCUCGUCACGGCCCUCACCGUAUGCGUCCUGGUGAUGGCGCCCGCUGUUGAGGGGUCCUGUCCAUCGCGGGAGUUCAUCUACCCAUGCACCUGCACCGAGACCUUCAUAGGGAACUACGUCAUGUGCACCGUUGUGCGCGAUGACCAGCUGAGGCUGCCGUUCCAGUACCUUAGAGAUUAUAACCUGAGUCGGUUGUUCCUUAGUAACGUUACGUCGAGCCUCAAUCCGGACGUGUUCACCGGACUCAAGGUCGGCACCUUUAAGGUGGCCGAUUCUAGAUUUAAGAUGGAGGACACGCGUCAAAUGGGAGGUUGGCCUUCGGUUUCGACAGAACGCUGGACGAGGAUUCAGAACCUGGAGUUUAUGCGCUGUUACGUGGACGCCGGUGCCAACUUCUUCGGUGCGCUGGACCAGCUGGAAACGUUAUCGCUGUUGAACAGCACGGUGACCCGCUUCGGCCGCGAGUGGAUUGGAGCGCUUGUGAAUCUGACCCAUUUGAUGGUCGAUGCUGUGAGUUUCCACAAGCUCGAUGACGAUGCGCUCGCGGACUUGCCGAACCUGAGCACGCUGGUGUGGUCCGGCAACGGCGCCGUCGUCCUGAAGCGCCAGUUCUUUCCCCUCCGAGCACGUCGCCUGAAGAGCAUCGAUCUCAGCGACAACGAGCUCACGUCUCUGCCGUCGGACAUGUUCCAAAACAUGCCUGUGCUGGAAAGCGUCACGCUAAGCCGCAACCACUUCCAGACGCUGUCGCCGGAACCCUGGAAACCGAUGCUGGGCCAGCUGCGGCUUGUCACACUCGACGGCAACCCGAUCGACUGCAAUGGAACCAUCUCGUGGAUGUUGCAGAGCAACGCCCGGCACAAAGUCAGUGGCACGUGCGCAGCGCCCCCGAAUUUGGCUGGCACACGGAUCAGCGAUCUGGAUGAUAGCAGGCUGAGAAGAUAACGGCACAAUUCCUGACGGCGAAUUUGCCAACGCAUACAACGAUCACGUCCAGGCGCCGACUGCUUCCAUGUGCCGAAAAUAAGGCAGUCCAUCGUCAAGCAGCGGGCGCUAACAGAGCCUGGCCAGCAAGUCGACUGCCGCCUCACUCCACACAGACAAAUAUUCGCGUCACAUCAGACUUCAUCAACACAUCAUGCUUCUUUCCGGGUGGGCCGACAGAAUCACGGUGCGGCCAAUCAACCGCAGGCCAAGCAAGACAAAUGUGUGACGUAGACUGUUAGCUCGUGCUUGCUGGCUUGGCUGUAGGUCGUGUGACUGUGACUCCCUGUGACGCCAGCACCAUUGCGCGUUGGUAAACACAGAUUGAGAUACGCAGAACAUGCAUGCGCUGUGAUGCGUACUCGAAACGAGAAGCAGCAGUGCGCGGCACACGUUGGAGCGCACCAGUUUUGGUUUUCGCAACAUUCCGAUGAGCUGCUUUUUCUCGGUGGGGCGAUACGAAUGCGCGCCUCAGGAUUGCUGCUCACGCACCACACGUCAGUGCAGCUCCCUCCUGCGACACUGAACUUAAAGCACAUCUGCGAACAACGGUGCUUCCUUUUUUUUGUAGCAGUUUCUCGUGUUCUGAUGAGAAGCUUAGGAUGUCUAAUAUUGGGAAAUUUCAUUCGGUAAUUCAAGCUUGUACAAGAAGAUAGCGUCAACAUUUACUCGUGCGAACAAACAAGUAAAUGUUAAAACUGGCAUCGAAAUGUGUGAAAAUUACUGCGUGCAGGAGCAAGUGACAGCUGUAUUUCGAUAUUCAAACAAAGAGAAGAGAGAAGUCACUCGAACCACGUAACAGCUGUCAACUGUCACUACUACUGUACAGCGUUAAGAAGACAGAGAUCUGAAAGCAUGGCGAUACGUUAGGUAGAUGAACUGGAAUAUUAACGAGGAAUUCAAUAACGCUAUGUGUGCCGUAGCAGUCCAUAGUCUGCGUUCGAUGUGCGUGACGCGUCACUGGGUGGUGGAAAAUAUGUCCAUGAGAGUGGCAGAACUCGGGUGUAAAUAGAGCCAUCGAAUUUCAAUGAGUGUACCAUUGACAUUGUUCUUUUUUCACUUUUGCUAAUAUUUAAUUUAGUUUCCUAGUUUGUGAACUUAUUUUUCCUUUUUGUGUUGUUAGUACGUAUUCGGAGAUCUGAGGUGAACUGGUUGAACGAGCGGUAUUAAAAACUGGAUCGACAAUUCUGUGAAUCCCAAGUGCACACAUGGUCCACGCUUUGUUUCCAGAAGCCGAUGAUGGUAGUCGUGGCCAAACCUUUGGACAGCGAAAGUCAUCGGGGCAUGGCAGCAGUCAUGACAACGUGAAAUUAGUUGCUCAAUGCACAAUCUAAAUGAACAAACAACAGACUGCGCUAGGGGCCAGGGAGAGGCCAGAGACAAGAAAAUGCUUCUACACAGAGAUAUUUUUUUUUCUUCAUCAGGUUUAACAACCCGCAGAUACUGGACCAGUUAUCUGCUUGUUGUGCACAGAGAUGUGAAACAGUUUGCUUUACAUGCCUGCCUAUUUUAAGAAAGUGUUGCUGCUCUCUAAAAGAAUGGCUGAACAGUUUCCUGGUCAUGUAAAUAUAGACAGUAAUAAAUGAUUUUAUGCACCGAG